AUGGAUGCUAAGGGAACCACUGCAGCAAUGAUGGCUAUACUCAGAGGGCUGAGCUUGCUUUUUUUGGUUGGUGGGCUGAUGGCUGCGGAGAAUUCAGCUGUGACGUAUCGAUGCACCAGCAGCCCUGUCAAUGAAGCUGACAUUUGUGCCUCAGUGAAAAGUGUCAGCAAGGAGACGCUCCUGGAGAUAGCCAGCGGCAAAGCCUCCCCCUGCAGCCUCACUUUUGGCCAGUACGCAUGUGCACAGAGCUCUGGACUCCAGGCUUUUAAGGAUGAUUUCCUCAUGUCCCUGUAUCCCUGCCUCAGCUCCAAGCCCAUCAGCACUCUGGAUCCCAUGCUUUCCAUCUUGCUCUUUUCCAAAUUUGAUGCCAAUGUGCUUGCAGAUACCCUGGAAAAGUUCAAUAAGCGGUUUUCUCACAUGCCUCUCUCGCAAGACUGGAACGUGGUCUUCUUUAACGGCAUCUGGGAGAGGAUGGCGCACAUCACCAGCCUGUCUGCUUUGUCCCAAAGGCUCCACACGAGCCUUCAGCCGUUCAUGGCCAACCCCCGGGUAUUCGCUUGUCUCCGCGCCAUGAAUGUCUCAUGCAAAACGUUCUGCAACAUAGUUGCAGCCCUGAACGGCCUCUAUUCCAAACUCCCGGCAGAAGAACGGGGGAAUAUUUAUAAGGGACUCAAAAGUUAUCUCACAAAAAACGGAUCAAAAGCGAUCUGCUACAACACAGCUGCUCACGGCCUAAAUUCCACCGCUUGGUUUGCUGAUUAUUUGGGUUCCUUUAUGGAGUACGUCACCGUGGGAGACCUGCGGCUUUUUGCUGAUGAGCUGACUCUCCAGAGAUUUGCCAGAGACCCAGUCAACGUAGAGAUGAUCAGUAACCUCACAUUGCCCAGGGAAACAGCCGUGUAUUAUACCUUGUUACUCACUUCUGCCCCUGGCUUCCAGCUGGCAAGCCUCCCGGACAAGCUCGUUUGCUAUCUCAGCCCUUCUGCUGUGAGCAGCCUCAAUAAAAACGAGGCCCUGAAUCUGGUUCAGAGGAUCAACAAGAACUGUGCUUUGGGUCCACGAUCAGGCCCCGAUAAGGAGCAAACACCGGCCUCUUCCCUGACGAUGGAGGAGCUGCAGGUGGCAAUGUCGCUGGUGAACAAAUUUGAUCGGUUCCCUCCUGAUGUCCUGAGUGCCUUGGGCCAGAUGGCCGUUGGUCUCUCGGCAUCACAGAUUGAAAACGGCAUCUGUGAUAAAGACUUCGUGGCUUCUCUUCCAUCCCUGAGCAAAGUUCGCGGCUGGAACACGGAGCAGUCCAGCACCAUCAUUAACAAGCUGUUCAACUCCAGCUAUCAGGUUGUUGAUGGUCAAAGCCUUGCAGCGCUAGGGAGCCUGGCAGCUGGUUUAAGCAGCAGGAGACUUCAAAGCUUGCCUUCCAAAGUGGUCUUGGAAGCUAUGAAGAUGCCUGAGUUUGUCGAGCAGAUUGGGACCAUGCCAUCUGCUCUGAAAACCGUGCUGGUGGAAAAGAUGUCUUCAGCUAUAAGCAGUCCCAUCGACCUGAUAAAAUAUGUCCCAGAUGCUCUGGUUGACCACAUCCCCAAAUCCUUGCUGGUCUUCGGUAAUUUGAGGCCCCGCGUUCAAGAUCUCAACCAGAAAUCAUGGAGCCGGGAACAAGCUGCCAUGUUUUUUGAUGAUGUGAUAAAGGAUGAGCCCGACUUCAACAGGCUUUCUCCUUCCGUCCUCCAAGGCUUCACCUGUGCAGCUGCCAACGAGAUGGAAACGGAAACAUUUCAGCAGCUUGCCAAAACCAUGAAGCAGAAGAACGUCAGGCUAGGAGAAGAGCAGCUGCGGUGUUUAGUUAAGAGGGUGACAGCACAUGGCAUUCCCAAGGAUUUAGACAACUACCCUAAAGACCUGUUGCUGUUUCUAAGCCCUUCGGAUUACGCAGCGACAGGAAGCUGUAGGCAGUACUUCCUUAAUGUUGGGGAAGCAAACCUUGGCGUUCUGCAGAGAGACUCCCCGCAGGGCAAACAGCUGCUCCUGGAGGCCUUGGCUUGUUUGAAAAUCCCGGGCACCCACGUGAGCGAAGACAAGGCAAGGGUGCUGGGGCAUCUUGUCUGCGCCCUCGGCGGUGAGUACAUUCGAAGUUCUGGUGGGAGUUUGCUGAAGCAGCUAAACCAGUGUGACUCCUUCACGCCUGAUCAAGAAGAGGCUAUUCGGGAUGUCAUCAGCAAUGGGACCACGCCAUUUGGUCCUCCUUCAACGUGGUCGGCUUCUACCCUGAGCGAGCUCAGCGGAUUGUUCCUGAUCCUCGAUCAGAGCAUCUUGCACAAGAUCCCCCGGGACGUUUUUGACCCUUGGCUGAGAAACUUCCUGAACAAUUCACCUCUGUCAAGGGAGCAGCUGGCCUCUGUGGUUAAAAAACUCCAGCCUUCCCGGUGGAGACGCGCUGUUUGUCCCUCCGACAAGACAAUCACAGAUGAGGUGGUAAUGGAUGAGCUGAUGCCUAUUAACUAUAGUCCUCAGGACUUACAGGCUUGCCUGACAGCUGACAUCCUAAAGAAGCAUCUCGCUCGACUGUUGAGUUACCCCUUCACCGAUGAGCAUCUGUCUGUGCUGAAGAAUAAGCUGGAUGAGGCCUAUCCCGACGGGUACCCUGAGAGGAUACUCCCCGAACUCGGAGCCAUCACCGCCUUGAUCACCAUCAAUGAUACUAAGAAGUGGAAUAUAAGCUCAGCAGACACGCUCGCCGCCUUGCUUUCCACUGAGCCUCCUGAGAUGCAGGCGCGUGAAAUAAUCAAGCGGUACACGGACCUGGGAAACCCCCUGAACACCUCUGCUCUGAAUGCGGUCGGUACGAGAUACGUGUGUCUUCUAGAUGAGAUGCAGCUGAACGCGAUAGAGCCCAGCGCCUUGGAAAUGGCCUCUUUGGACCCCUCAAAGUGUUCUCAGCGUACAAAAGACAUCUUGUACCCCAAAGCUAAACAUGCUUUCUCAGGAAAGCGCACUGAGUUCCCCGCUUACUACAACCUUAUCAAGCCAUACUUGGGCGGUGCCCCUGCGGAGGACUUACGAGCUCUGAGCAACAACAGCGUGAACAUGGAUAUUGGGACCUUCACGAAACUGAGACGAGACUCCGUGUUGGCUCUAACCACUGACCAGGUGAAGGGCCUGCUAGGAGUAAAUGUGAAAGACCUGAAGGAUGCACAGUACACUUCUUCACUCAUAAAGGAGUGGAUCAGCCUGCAGAAACAGCCAGACUUGGAUAAGCUGGGCCUGGGGCUCACCGGGGGAACUCCAGAUGGCUACAUCAUUGUUACACCCCCGUCCAAAUCAACAUCACCAGGCUCUACGAAUGCCAGUGCCAAUGCCCGUGGCAAUGCCCUCCACCUCCUAGCCGUGCUGCUCCUCAGUUCCCUGCUGACUUUGCUCCUAUCAUAAACCCCCACCCCAAGCAAAGGAAGGCUGUGGGAACCACUGCUUGACUUCUCCAUGGCCUGACACAGGAGGACGGAGAAAUGCUAAGUCAACAGGCAACAACGUGGUUAUGAAGUGUGCCUUUCUGGCGCUAUUGGUUUACUCACUAGAUCAAGUCUGAAAACAAGAUUGAAAGCUCUUCCAAAAGGACAAGUACCAUCUUAGCUACUCUGUUUGUGCAGCGUUUCUCACAACUG